UCCUCCUCUCCUGCCUCAGAUGCGCACAACAGCUGAAUAUUGGAGAAUUACAGUCCAGCUCCCUGCUGACCAUCCUCCCACUCACACGCCACGGCUCCACAACACACACACAAACCCCUCACGCCGUCGUUUCUCCACUGGACAUUGAUGAAUUUGCCCAAACGGUCACCGUAGCGGCUCGUUGCGUGCGUGUGUCUCCCGUCCUCCCCGCAUCCACUGACUGAUCUCUGCGCUGACAAGAUGGCUGAGUUGAAUUUGGGGAAGGGGCUGACGGCGGGGAAGGUGGCCAGCAACGUGCAGAAAAAGCUAACCAGAGCCCAGGAGAAGGUGCUUCAGAAGCUGGGAAAAGCAGACGAGACCAAAGAUGUUGCCUUUGAGGAAGGAGUGAUCAACUUCAACAAACAAUAUGCUGAAGGUAGCAAACUACAGAGAGACCUGAGAGCAUAUUUGGAAGCGGUGAAAGCCAUGCACGAGUCCUCCAAGAACGUGCAGGCGUGUCUGGCCGACAUGUACGAACACGAGUGGUACGGCAAGAACGAGGUUGAAUCCAUCGUUGAGGACUGUGAUGUGCUGUGGACCGACUACCAUCAGAAGUUGGUAGAUCACGCGCUCAUCUCCAUGGACACCUACCUGGGCCAGUUUCCCGACAUCAAGGCUCGGAUCGCGAAGCGAGACAGGAAGUUGGUGGACUACGACAGCGCCAGACACAACUAUGCUACAACUCACAAAACCAAGAAAAAGGACGGCGGGAUCAAAAUUACCAAACCUUCGUCUUUGUUGGAGCGCGCCACUCCCGGCUGGGCUCAAGGAAUCCUGUCUGCACAUAACGUUGCCCAGAGCAGCCUGUCCCGGAGCCAGGCCGAGGAGGAGUUAGAGAGAGCCCAGAAGGUGUUCGAGGAGAUAAAUAUUGACUUACAAGAGGAGCUUCCAUCGCUGUGGAACAGUCGCGUUGGGUUUUAUGUCAGCACCUUCCAAAGUCUGGCCGGGUUCGAGGAGAAGUUUCACAAGGAAAUAAGCCGGUUGGAUCAGGAUUUGUAUGAUGUCUUGGAAGCGUUGGAAAAAUCAGACACAACCAGUGGCAACGAUACUACUAACCACACUCUAAGGCCGGGAGGACCACCCCCCAUCCCCAAAUCUCCAUCCAAGCUAAAGCCAGCAGUGCCUCCCCCACCUAAGGUGACGCCAUGCAAGGACAUGAAACAGGAGCAGAUCGUGAACCUGUUCGAUGCCGCGGCCGCCCCCGACAUCAGCAUCACCUCCCCCACAGAGCCGGCAAACUGGGACUCAUGGCAUGAGGACAAUGGUGAACAGGAAGAGGAACCCCAGCGGCACUAUGACCCUGUGGCCGCAGCUGCAGAGGCUUGGGGGGAUGAUGGGACGCAGCCGGUCCGCUAUGACCCCAUUGCUGCCGCCAACGAGAGCUGGGGUGACGACGGAACCCAACCGGUCCACUAUGACCAAGUGGAGGAAGCUCAGGAGGAGUGGGGGGACGAAGAGGAGCAGCCGGCGGCUGAGUACCAGGAGGACUGGCCUGAGGAGGAGCAGGUCACAGAGGUGGCCCCCACAGAGGAUGAAGUGGAGCCCCCGGCUGAGAACAGCGAGGAGGAAGCCGCCCUCUCUGCUGAUGCUGAGGCCAAUAAUGAAGAGGAGGGUCAGGGGGAGGCUGCAUCAUCACCAGCAGAAGCAGAGCCAGAACCGAGUCCCGAGCCAGAGCCCGAGCCUGAACCAGUACAAGAGCCAGAACCUGUCGAGGAGGCGGCACCGGAGGAGACACCGGCCCCAGAACCAGAAGAAACAGUUGCAGCAGCACCGUCAGAACCAGAAAUGCCGCCUGGUUUCCUGUUCAAGGUCAAGGUGAUGCACGACUAUGCUGCCAAUGACACAGAUGAGCUGGAGAUGAAAGCAACUGACGUGGUGCUAGUCAUUCCCUUCGACAAUCCUGAGGAACAGGACGACGGCUGGCUGAUGGGAAUCAAAGAGGCCGACUGGCUGCAGAACAAGGAGAACGCCGUCAAAGGUGUUUUCCCGGAGAACUUCACUGAGAGGCUGUGAAGAUAGGGAAACUCGCCGGCUUCCUCUUCUUCCACACUCUGCCUCUGUCAUACCUUUUUCCGUUCUUGUUCCUGCCCUGUAUUGCUAGUUGGACUUUGGUCAGAGGAGUGGAGCUCCAGCUGGUUUCAGUCACGUCUGCAACACUGUGUGAAAAGUGGAUCCUGGCGUUUCUGUGGAUUAAAACCUAGUCAGCCAAAUUUACAGAAACGAGCCCAUCUCAGGUCCUGUUGCAUCUACGCUGCUCAUACUUGAUGGAUGCAGGCACCUUUGCUUGAAUUGGACCUUUUUCACGUUUGGUUCCGACGUGUCAGAGAAUAUUAAAAGUCAUUCACAUGCAGUAAGCGACACGGACGUGUUCAUCUCUCACUCGUGGUCUUGGGUUUUAGCUGCAAGAUUCUGGUGUUGCAGUGCUGAUUUGACGGUGCAGUUGUGUGUCACUCGAUGAUUUUGUAGCUCACAUCUUUCAUGAAUCGACCCUGAGUUGAACCUCCAUUUGAUAGCUUUGGCCCCUGUGCUGUUGUUGGUCGAACCUGGAUGAAGUCUGUUAAAGGGCUUUUUCAUCCUCCUUGAAGAUAUUUUUGCAGUUUUGUUGAGAGUGCAGUAAUAAAAAGAAAUAUUUACGUCAGAUAUGCAUUAGUAGACUAGUCAUCGCACACUAGAAAGGGCGAAAACGUUAGCAUUGUGGCUAAAGGUUAAGAACCAACCCCCCACCUUUACAAACAAGUCCUUUAACACUAAACAAUAAAAGCCGUAUUUUCUCACACCGAUACAUUGCAGAUUUUUUUGUUUAAUAAUUUUAAUUGUCUUCAAUGUCUUUAAAAGAAGUGGUCAAUUGCUGCCCCAUUUUCUAAAAUUCCUAGCUUUAAUGGCCUUAUAUGGCCUUAUUGUGACCCUCUGUAUGGUACGUGGUGAAAUUCCCUUUGGUCCUCAUGAGCUUUCGCAGUCAUAUUUCACCUCUUUGACUUCAGAAUUCAGUCUUUCAACUUACCACUAAACUGCAAAUGAUCACAAUAUUACUCUCUAAGAAAAGUAGAAUGACAGAAUAAAACAGGAAACUCCAAAAAAUGUUACUAAAUGUACUACAGUUAUUCUAUAUA